AUAUAAAGAAAAUCAUCAUUUGUAUUGAUUAGCAGGUCUAGAGAAUGAAUGAUAUUUUUCGAAUAAUUUUCUGCGUUACUUUGUUAGCAGUGGUAUUAGGUAAGGAUUGGAAGAAUGAUUUUCUACGUCACGCUGCGCAGCAGAGCAUCACAGGAGUCAGUGAACAAUGCGCAAAGGAAACCGAAAUGUGGCAAAUGUCUCUCAAAACCGUGGCACAGGUUUCCGAACAAUGUUUAAUUGAGAAAAAGUGUUCAAGCGAAGAACUGAAAAUAAUUGAUGAUAAUUUUUAUGCCAUUGAGCAAUACGACGCCUGGGGUAAAAUCCCGCUGACUGGCCUAUUUCAAGACCCACUUCUACUGGAUGGUUCUUAUCAGGAAUGCGAACGGAUAAGUGGGAAGAAGUAUGAGACAAACUAUUGCUAUAUGGUUUUGAUCCCGGGAAAGAAUGCCACGUGUCAUAUGUCUAACGGUCAACCAACUUCUAUGUUUUUCCGAGAAGCAGUUUGCAUGCCUUACUCUUGCAGUGAAAAAGAUCUUCCAACAGUAUUCAAUCAAAUUUCCAAACAACCACUCACGGCGUGCAUAGCCUAUUGCUCAAGUUACCCCGUUGAGAAAACCCCAGCGUUUUGGGGAUUUACUUCUUUUAUGGCAGUGAUGAUUGGUAUUGCUCUUUUGGCAACAGUUAUUGAUUAUUUGAAAGAUGCGCUGAAACAAGAGGAUCAGAAGAGGAGUGACAGUAGAAUUCUUCAAAUUCUAUUAACAUUCUCAUUAUGGACAAAUGCAGAGCUGCUAUUGAGUGUUAAAGAGCAAAAGCCUGGAUUCAUAAAAUGUUUGGAUUGUAUUCGAUUUCUGUCAAUGCUUUGGAUUGUUACAGGGCAUACGUUCAGUUAUUUGAUGAUGCCAGAUCAAAUCCAAUCGGUACUACCAUUCCCUGGUCGAUUUUGGAACCAUUUGAUUCUGAGUGCAUUUUAUUCAGUGGACACGUUUUUCUUAUUAUCAGGACUUGUGGUCUCUUAUCUCUUUUUCAAAACAAAACUCAAAGUGUCACAAAUCAAGAGCCCAGUCACAUGGAUUCUAUUCUACGUGCAUAGAUAUCUCCGGUUAACUCCACCAAUGAUAUUCUUUAUUGGAUUCCUAGUGGUUUAUGGUUACUAUAUUCAAGGUCCUGGUGUGGCAUCACAGUUAAACCAAUUGAACCCUCAAGUUGAUGUGUGCGUGGUAAACUGGUGGCAGAAUUUACUCUAUAUCAACAACCUUAUACCCGAUGCAAAUCAGUGCUAUGGAAUUACGUGGUAUCUGGGAGCAGACACACAGCUCUACCUAGUUGCUCCAGUAUUUCUUGUCGGGCUCUAUUUCUCGUUUGCCAUUGGAACAGCACUUCUUACUGCGGCUACUGUAGGGAGUGUUAUUGCAGUGUAUAUUUUGUACAGUUAUUAUGAUCUGCCCGCAGACUUCUUUGGUAAUGGCGAUAACACCCACUUCUAUGACAUGAUCUACGACAAGCCUUGGAUCAGAGGUACCCCAUACUUUAUUGGAAUAUUUUUUGGAUAUUUACUUGCAACUUAUGGCAAACGGAAAGUUCGAUUGAAUUGGGCACUUGCAGUUACUGGAUGGCUUGUGGCGUUUUCGCUGGCAGCUAUAUGCAUAUUUUCAACUUAUGAUUAUGAUAAUAAAGUUAAUUGGAGUAUCUUCUCCCGUGCAACCUAUUUCAACUUCUCUCGUCUGGCCUGGUCUUUUGCACUCUCCUGGGUUAUUGUUGCAAAUCACAUGGGAUGGGGAGGACCAAUUGACGCCUUCAUGUCCCAUCCAAUUUGGCAGCCAUUUGGUAGACUUUCUUAUUGCGCCUACAUUGUUCAUUACGUUGUAUUAUACAUGUACCUAAUGAUCGGAGUCGGUCCUCUCCAUUUUUAUUCUUCUUUCCAACUUUUCAUGUAUUAUGCUGUUCCAACAACAUUACUAUCCUAUAUUUUUGCAUUUUUCUGGAGUUGUCUAUUUGAAGUUCCAUUUUUAAAACUCGAAAAAAUGCUAAUCGAAACAAUGAUUAGCAGAGUUGGAUCUGGAAAAGUUGAGGAUAUUGAAAAAACAAUAAUUGACCGCAAAAAAAAUGAAUUAUGGGUUGUGGAUGAAAAGGAAGAGAAGGGAUUUACAGCGCAAAAUGUUGAUAAAAAGUUUUGA